GGUCCAAGUACCUUUCUUCCACGUUCUCCCUUCUCCCAUUAUUUUCUCUUGCUCCUUUUCUCCCUCGCACCUUGCUGGCUUUCGCAACAUGAUAGGCCGCUCGAUGGCGCCGGUCCACCGGACCUUGAUCUUGGCCGUGCUCUUGACUGUGGCCCUGGCCGGGGCACUGCGUGUGACGCGUGCAUCGGACGGAUCGUCCGCCUGCAAGCCCGGCGAGUAUGUGCCCCCCGGGGGGGAGGCCCCAUGCGCCACCUGCGACACAAGCUGCUGGACCUGCUUCGACGGCGCGGACUUGUGCACAUCUUGCCCUCUGGGCGCCGCGGUGGACCGGGCCUGGCUGCGCCCCGACACCGGGGAGUGCAUGGCCACCUGUCCCAGAGAGGGGUUUGUGCCGGUGGAGCACACGGCGGGAUCGGGCCGCGCGUGCCUGGCCUGUCCGGAGGGGUGUACCUCCUGCUCGGUGCCGGAGGAUGCCCCCCCGUGUGGCCUUGACCCGGCCGGCGUGCUCACCUGCCCCAAGGUGACCUGCCACCAGUGCGCGGAUGGCCUGCUGCUGCUUGAUGGGUCCUCGUGUGUGACAUCCUGCCCGGCGACCAGGUACUACACGGACCAUGAGGCGCGGUUUUCCCCGGUGCCGGCGUGCCUCCGGUGUGCUCCCAUGUGUGACGCGUGCUCCGGGCUCGGGUCUGAGAAGUGCACCGCCGGCCUGCAGGCCGUCAUCAAUGCCAGCGUCGUGGUCAUUAUGAGCAUCCUUCUCGCGGUCAUGGGGACCUUCUUCGUUGGAUCCGUGGUGGCCAUGAUCAUCAUGCGGCAUCUGAAUCAGCAGCGCCGGAAGCGGAAAGCCCCCCCGGCUGCGGAGGCACCCUCCUCGGGAAAGGUUGACUCCGACCGGUCCCGGCGCAUGGCACCUCGCAAGGGGCCUUCGGAUGAGGCGAUCCCCAUGGACAUGCUGCUGCCUCGAUGAGCUGCAUCCGAAUAACCUGCCUGCAUGUU